AAAGGGUGCCACCAGGCGCCACAGGGGGCUGACGCGGUGGGCUCCAUUUCGGCCUCCGCGGAAAGGGCUAGCCGUUCGCCAACGACUCAUCGUGCCGACUUCACUCAUAUUCUACCCAUCCUCCGGUAAUCAACCCGAUCCCAUCAACACAAAGAGACGCUCAUUUAGUCUGAGCUGUAUAUUGGAUCCCCGGUUGCCGAGACAAGAUCGUAGCAGAGCCGUCGCAGUACCACCCAUACCAAUGCCAUGCGGGCAACUUGAUCAGCGACGUGCUGGGCAUCGCUGCGCGUCUUGUAAGAGGUUGCAUGCAAAGUGUAACGGUGGCCGUCCGUGUUUAAAUUGCGUAGCUCGUGGCCUGAAGUGCGCCUCAACGGGACCAUCAGCGGGCUUUCAGUUUGUUCAGCAGCAAGCCUCUUCAGUCCCUAGGGCGUUGGUACAAGACUCUUGGAAAUACAUCAGCACUUACUUCCAGUCGGUUGGAUGUUUGACCCAAGCGUCCGUGAUGCGAAGCGCCGAUGUGACGGCACUCUCCCAUCGAGAUGAGAACGUCAGUCGAAUGCUGUCAAUCAUGGGUGGUCUUUACGCCUGUCAAAACCCCCAAGUAUUGCGCGUAAGCCACAAAGAAAGAAGGACACUCUUGGGUACAUGGGUGAAACAAAAGGCUUUGAUGGCGACGGAGUUGAAGAAGCCUGACCCAUCGUCCUUCAGCUCAGUUUUGCUCAGUACCCUCCUUUUGGCAGUGAUCGAGCUAGUUCUUUGUGCCGAAGAUGGCGCCUUUCAAAAAUGGCUGCAAAGAAUCUCGAGUUACAUUGCACAACAUCUGCAAGCAAAGAGUUACGCCAGUUUGACUACGUUUGAGAGAAGUUUGAUCCGAUUUUUCAAUUUUCUCAACACGCUCUCCGCCAUUGCCCUGAACGAAGAACCUUUGGAUCGUCAGAUGGACUUUGAACUUUCAUCGUCACGUCCAGUCGCACCUAGGAGUAUCUCAGACGAAGACAAGAUAGACGAUAUGCUCUCAUCCCUUAAGCAGUGGGCUAGACUACAGUCAAGGAUGGUCGAGUGGGCUCUCAAGUUGGAAAAGAGCACCAUGACAUUCCAACUUGAGAACGAUAACUAUCGGGAAGCCAUAGAUCUCAAGGUACAAGGCCUCGAUAUCAUCUGCGCGGCAUCGGUUCUUCAAGCUCGAGUCAUCAGCGAUCUCCUCCAACUGUCAGAAGAACCCGAUAAUCAGGUCUCUAUCUGCAUUACUCCUUACUAUCAUUGGACUCUCACUGGGCUGUCUCAUCGCCUGUACCACGAAGCCUGGAAAACACUGAAGUGCGAGCUCCCGGUGUUGCCGGCCGAAUCACUCCAUCAGCAAGCACUAGUUACGCUUAGCUGCGUUGAGACGCUUGCCAGCCAAUCAGGGUUUGAUGUCGCACUGUACUUGCCUUUUGCCGACUUCAUAGGACGAGAGAUGGAAACGCCGACGGAGCAAACGCGUGUGCUUGCGUUCCUCGAAAUUGUCAGAUCUCGUGGCUUUGGACUGGCAAAUGAGUACAGGAAAGGCUUGCUAGAGACCUGGGGAGCUGCCACGCCAGCUGAAAUGUCUCAAAGCUGGUUGAUAUGUGAUCCGAGCCGUGGAGGUCUCGAAACUUCGGGCAGAUACUGACGACAAUACGACAUCUAGACCUCAAAGUGUCACAGAACUGAGCCUUGUACCCCUCAAAAUAUGGCCAUAUUGGGUCAACAUGCAGUUAAAAUAAGACUCGAAGCAGCCGGAUCAGCAUUGGACAGACUGCGAAAUAUGUGGGAUUUGAUGUCUCACAACCUCGGAAAGAUGCCUACUGAUUCUCACCAGCCCUCAAUGGUUAUUCAUAGACGAGACUCCCUCAUUCCACACGAAGGCCAGAGUGGAAUGUCAUUUCUCAUCGCACUCGCCAUGUUUCUCUCCUUCUGCGGCCGACGGAGCUCGAAUUUAUGGGUCUACGGACCCACCGGUGGUGUCUACCCGGAAAGAGCCCCACAGUUAGCUAGCGCCGCGAGAUUUUGUCCCAAAAUGGCAAGAAUGACUAGGAUGUCAAACGUCAGACUAAACCCAUCACCGCUCUUUAGCGCAGGAUAUCCACGCGUUUCGGGGGGUUCGAUAUGAGUCUAAUUCACUCUGGCUUUUCUACCGUAUUAAUAUUCACCAGAAAAUCUGUGUUAAUGGUUGCUUAGGGGACUCUCUACCACGUUAACCGGGCGGAGAAGAUGUUGGCCUGGUGUUCCAAACCCAGAACUUUUG